GUUUCGGGACCGAGGAGUCUGAGUGGCGGCGCAGUCUCCGCUUCUCAGAGGCGGGCCUCAGGCUCGGUGACGCCGCCUGGAGGGCCCCGCAUCAGGCCGGUACCCGCGCCCCCCUCCGCUCCCGCCGCUCUGUCCACAGAGUCAGAUGGCGGCGGCCGCCCUGAGGGACAAGCCUCAGGUAAACGCUGGUCCUCCGGGCCCUCACCGCCCUCACCCCGCCAGACCCUAUAGCCCCGAGUGCGGGGCGUCUUCUCACGUGCCUGACGUCCAGGCCCCGGUGUCCGGGACGGCGAGGCGGUCGUGGCAGUGUAGUAUGACCUUUGAGGACAUUGCCGUGUACUUCUCUUGGGAAGAAUGGAGGCUCCUUGAUGAGACUCAGAGACGCCUGUACCUCGAUGUGAUGCUGGACAACUAUGCCCUUAUAUCCUCCCUGGGUUGCUGCUGUGGAGCAGAGGGUUCAGAGGCAUCUUUUGAACAGAUUGAUUCUUUAGGAGCGUCAGAGGCCAGGACACCCAAGGCAGCUUUGUCUUCCCAGAAGACCCACCCCUGCGGGAUGUGUGGUCCAGUCUUGAGAGACAUUUUCCACUUGGCUGAGUCCCAGGAGGCAGAACACCACCAAAAACUGUUGAGGUGUGGAGCAUGUGCAAAACAAUUUUAUUUUGAUGCAAGUUUUGAACAGAACCAGGAGCAGCACAUGGGAAAGGAAACCCUCAGAAACAGUGUGGGAAAGGCCUCAUUUGUGAAGAGCAGCAGAUUCCAUGUGUCACAGAAGCCAUUUAUCUCUAGGGAGUUUGAAAAGGACUUCCCGAUCAUCAUGGGACAUCUGCAGCAACAGGCCACUCAUGCUGUGGAGAAGCCAAACAUAGUCACCCAGUGCGCAUCAAGUUUACAAAGCAGGAAGAGUCAUCACACCUGGGAAGGGUGCAAGAAAGCCCUCAGCCCUGAACACAGACUUGUUCAGGACCAAGGUGUCCACACUGGAAGACAGUGUUUUGUGUGCAGUGAAUGUGGGAAAACAUUCAGAUACAAAUCCUCAUUUGUUGUUCACCAGAGAGUCCACACUGGAAAAAAGCUUCAUGUGUGUGGUGAAUGUGGAAAAUCCUUUAGGCGAAGCUCAACCCUCAGUCAACAUCAAAGAAUUCAUACUGGGACAAGGAAGUACAAGUGCAGCAAAUGUGGGAAAUCCUUAAGUCACAAAUCUGUCAUCAUUUCUUCCCACACGUGGCGCAAAGGAGAAAACAGUUACAUGUGCAGUGAAUGUUCAGAAUCUUUUAGCUAUAGCCCACUGUUCAUUCCACAUAGAAGAGUUCAAACUGGAGAAAGGCCUUAUAAGUGUAGUGACUGUGUGAAAUCUUUUACUUCUUUGUCUGCACUUGGUUAUCAUCAGAGAUCUCACACAGGAGAACGACCUUAUGCAUGCAGUGAUUGUGGAAAAUCUUUUAUCUCUAGCUCUGACCUUCGUUAUCAUCAGAGAGUUCAUUCUGGAGAAAGGCCUCAUGAGUGCAGUGAAUGUGGGAAAUCUUUUAUUACUCGUACUGCUCUUCGUUAUCAUCACAGAGUUCACACUGGAGAAAGGCCUUAUGAGUGUAGUGAAUGUGGGAAGUCUUUUACCCGAAAAAAUAACCUAAUUAUACACCUAAGAGUACACUCUGGAGAAAGGCCUUAUGAGUGUAAUGAAUGUGGAAAAUCUUUUACCUUUAGCUCCAGCCUUCGUUAUCAUCACAGAGUUCACAGUGGAGAAAGACCUUAUGAGUGCACUGAGUGUGGGAAAUCUUUUAACAAUAGGUGGACUCUCAUUCGACACCGGAGAAUUCACACAGGAGAAAAGCCUUAUGUGUGCAAUAAGUGCGGGAAGUCUUUUUCCUGUAGCUCCACCCUCCAAUAUCAUGAGCGAGGUCACCUUGGAGAAAGGCCUUAUGGGUGCAGUGAAUGUGGGAGAUCUUUUACCACUAGCUCUGCCCUCCGUUAUCAUCAGAGGAUUCACACAGGAGAAAGGCCUUAUGAGUGCAGUGAGUGUGAGAAAUCUUUUAUCUCUAGGUCUGACCUUCAUUAUCAUCAGAGAGUUCAUUCUGGAGAAAGGCCUUUUGAGUGUAGCGAAUGUGGGAAAUCCUUUAUCCGAAGAAAUAAUCUCAUUAUACACCAGAGAGUUCACACAGGAGAAAGGCCUUACCAGUGUAGUGAGUGUGGGAAGUCUUUUAAUAAUAGGUGUACACUUAUUCAACACCAGAGAGUUCACACAGGAGAAAAGCCUUAUGUGUGCAGUGAAUGUGGGAAAUCUUUUACCUCUAGCUCCACCCUCUGUUAUCAUCAGAGAGUUCAUGCAGGGAAAAGGCCUUAUGAAUGCAGUGAAUGUGGGAAAUCUUUUACCUCUAGCUCCACCCUCCGUUAUCAUCAAAGAGUUCAUACAGGAGAAAGGCCUUAUGAAUGCAGUGAAUGUGGGAAGUCUUUUACUUUUAGUGCCAGCCUCCGUUAUCAUCACAGAGUUCACACAGGAGAAAGGCCUUAUGAGUGCAGUGAAUGUGGGAAGUCCUUUAAGGACAGAUCACAAUUCAAUAAACACCGGAGAGCUCACACUGGAGAAAGACCUUAUGAGUGUAGUGAAUGUGGGAAAUCUUUCAGCCAAAAAUCUUCCCUCUCAACGCACCAGAGAAUUCAUAAUAAAGAACGAUCUUAUGAGUGUAGUGCAUGUGGCAAGUCUUUUACCUCUAUCUCUGGCCUUGGGUAUCAUCAGAGAGUUCACAGGGGAGAAAAGCCUUAUCAGUGCAGUGAAUGUGGGAAAUCUUUUACCAAUAGCUCUAUACUGAUUCGACACCACAGAGUUCACACAGGAGAAAGACCUUAUGUGUGCAGUGAAUGUGGGAAAUCUUUUACUAGUAGUGCCACUCUCUCUUACCAUCAGAGAGUUCAUGCAGGGAAAAGGCCUUAUGAAUGCAGCAAAUGUGGGAAAUCGUUUACCUCUAGUUCCACCCUUCGUUAUCAUCAGAGAGUUCAUGCAGGAGAUAGGCCUUAUGAGUGCAGAGAGUGUGGGAAAUCUUUUAUCUCUAGCUCCAAGCUUCGUUACCAUCAGAGAGUUCACACAGGAGAAAGGCCUUAUGUGUGCAGUGAAUGUGGGAAAUCCUUUAGGGAUAGUUCCCAAUUUAGUCAGCAUCGGAGAGGUCACACUGGAGAAAAGCCUUAUGAGUGUAGAGAAUGUGGGAAACUUUUUAUGCGAAAAUCUACUCUUUCUCAACAUCAGCGAGUUCAUGAUAGAGAAGUGCCUUAGAUAGAUAGAGGUUUUCUCAUUCAAUAUAAGAGUAUCAAAGGAAACUGAGCCACCAUCUGUCUAAAUUGACUUGGAUAUCUCAACACAGUGGGGAGAUUCCCCAUAAGUUUGUUAUGUGGGAAGCAUGUAUGACUCUUGCACUUUCUAACCUGUCCAAGGCUGUUCCCAGAUUUAUGUCACUGCCAUCUCUGUGCUCAGGACCGUUUCACCUCUACCACCUGCCAUCUCUGCGAUCAAGACCAUUUCACCUCUACCACCUGGCAGCUCCACACAGUGGGUUAAGUCACCAGCUCAGUGCAUUCAGGGAGCUGACUUCUGUUUUCCCAUGAAUUGGCCAAUAUAGGAGUAACCUGAGCCCUUAUGGGGGGCAGCUUUCACUCCUUUUACUGUGAACCUGAGUUGGUGUUGGCCCAGAGUAACAGAUUCUUGGCUGGCAGCUUGCAGAGUACAAUUGCCUUUUUCAGGGAUGUGUUGGUCUCACAUGAUACAGUAGUAAGUUUUUCCAGCUUCCAAAUUGUGAGCCAGAGAACUGCUUGAUGCUGAUUGCUUUGGCUUGUACAAUAAGGCUGUGCAAGCAUUUAAGUCCUUUUUCAUCUUGGAUGUUCUAUUUACUGUCAGGUGGUUUAUAAACAGAUUUGUGCUAUACAAGUGUAAAGGGGAUAACAGUUUUUAGGGGUCUCAGAAUUGUGUCUGAGGAGGGACAGUAUGAUGGCAGACAGUAACUUGCCAGGUUUGACCAAAUUUGCAUUGCUGCCCACAGCCUCCUAGGAAAGACUGCAGGGAUACUUGUAUUUCAUUUGAGACCUUGGAGUCUCACGGAUGACCCCUGAGAAGCAGGCAACUGUAACAAUCUCAAAAUGUUUUUGAGAGCAGUGCAAGUUGUUCCCCUUACUCAAAGGAGAGAUCACAGGUAUGCCAGCAUGGUGAGAGACCUAUAUUCCUUCAUGGCCACAAAUUACCUGGCUAAUGUCACUGUAAGACCAUUGGGUCCAGGGGAAACCACAAUUGGUACAGAAACACUGGUUUAAUAGCAGAAGAACCUGCAGCCAACAAGAUGGCAAUGUGCUGCUUCUAAAAGUGCAUCCACAAAUGUCUGUAAAAAUGUGGAGGAUCAGUUUGUGCACAAAUCUCAGCCACUCCAGGCAUAUAUAUCUUGUGUAACUGAAGUCAUCCGAGAAAAUAAAAAUAAUUGAAAAGUUGU